AUGCAAGAAGUGAUUGCCUUCCGCUACUCCGGCAUGGUGGAGCUCUACACUCACAAUGACGUGAUGACCAAGAUCACGCAACAGUUGAUCAAGGCCUUAGAUGUACGACUUGUCGCAGUUCAUCUCAUUGAUUCGACCUUGUGCGUCGAUGCGUAUCGAUACCUCUCGGCCGUGUUUCUGUCACUGUCAGCCAUGAUGCAGCUGGAACUGCCCCACAUCAAUGUUCUCUCCAAGAUCGACAUGGUCAUGGAUCACACCGAUGACCUGAGCUUUGGCCUUGACUACUAUGCAGGUGUCUCGGAUUUAUCCCAGUUGCUAUGGACACUUCAGACCACAAGGCAUCCAAUGAGUGUGAAGUUCAAGGAAUUCAACAGGCUCAUAGCUGAGCUGAUUGAGGACUAUGGCCUAGUUAGCUUUGAGCCAUUGGAUAUCCAGGACAAGGAAUGCGCUUUGCGAGUGCUGGGCCGAUGCGAUACGGCCAACGGCCACAUCAUGAACUCUGAGAAGGUCGAGGAUCCCUCAGAUCCUGUUGCAGGAGUUCGGCUAUUCCAGGCUGGAUUUUCAGACGCAGGGGAAUUCCUGGAUGAAUAUUUGGAACGUUAUGAAGAACGAUUCCAACAAAGAUAA